AUGCAGUAUGACGCCUUUGAAAUUGGUUUCAUUACAAUUGAUGACUUCACAAAUACGGAUAUUUUGGAAGCAACUUACCCAGCUGUUGCAAAAAGAUUAAAUGAUGUUUGGACCAGUGAUCCUGCAAUCCCAAUUGUCACUGGUUUCCUUGGAAAGGGAUGGAGAUCUAGUGCAAUUACUACUUUAGGUAGGGGUGGUAGUGAUUUGACAGCCACAACUAUUGGAAAAGCAUUGGGGUUGCGAGAAAUUCAGGUAUGGAAAGAUGUUGAUGGUGUUUUAACCUACCCGAACAUAUACGCACAUGCAGAACCUGUCCCGUAUCUGACAUUCGAAGAGGCAGCUGAACUUGCAUACUUUGGAGCUCAGGUUCUGCGUCCACAAUCCAUGAGACCAGCUAGAGAGGGUGAUAUUCCUGUUAAGGUUAAAAAUUCUUACAAUCCAAAUGCUCCUGGAACUCUCAUUACCGGGAAUAGGGAUACAAGUAAGGCAGUACUCACCAGCAUAGUGUUGAAAAGGAAUGUCACCAUGCUGGAUAUUGUCAGCACACGCAUGCUUGGUCAAUUUGGCUUUCUUGCCAAGGUAUUUUCGAUCUUUGAAGAUUUAGGUAUCUCAGUGGAUGUUGUUGCUACUAGUGAAGUCAGUAUUUCUUUGACUUCGGAUCCAUCAAAACUUUGGAGCAGAGAGUUAAUUCAGCAGGAACUUGACCAUGUUGUAGAAGAACUUGAAAGAAUUGCUGUUGUCAAUCUUCUUCAUCACAGGUCUAUCAUUCCUCUCAUUGGCAAUGUCUAGAGA